AUGGAAGCAGCUCUGUUGCUCUUGUUGGCUGUGCAGGUUCUCGGCUCCUUCGCAGCUACGUCCCGUGCCAGCUCAACAGCACCUGGCCUCACUUUCGACGUCGCGCUGAGCGAUGACAUUACCGGCGAGAACCAGGUAAAGCCUGUGAGUGUCAAUGGCGGCGCAUUUACGUUAGGCUCGCUGUUUGCCGGGCAAGCAGACGACCGCAUCUUUGCCACGUCUUUGCAGGCUGUCAGCCCUAGCGCAGGGAGCGGCAACAUUCUCUGCGUCAUUUCCAACCCUUUGGACGCAAAAAAUGUGCUUCUUCUCAAUGCUGAGGCGACCUUUGUGGAUUUAGACGGUAAUGAAGAUGCGGCCGUGCAGGUGGACGUUACCGACUUUACGAUUGCGUGCGAAGUGUAG